UUUUUACCUGCCACUUAUGUCAAACUGAAUCACUGUCUAACAUUUUUCAGUGGAAUUUUUUGCUUCUUUGUACAAUUAUUUUCUCAUUUACAAAAAAUUGUGCUCAAAUGAAUUCAUUCGUUUCACAUGUGAUCAUUGCAACGCCAAAAUGAAAAUACAUUGGAGAUCCUUGAUUGUCUUUGGCAUCACUUUCUGGGCGGUCCUCUGUUUAAAUGAUUUCUUUGGGGGAAUGCCAAGAUAUCAUUCUUGUGAGCUACAACAAGAUAGAGAAGCGUUAUCCAUUCUGGACAAAGGCAUUUAUGAGAACAUUGACGACGUGAAACGCUUCAUGAAAGAAACCCAGUUUGGACAAAGAGUUUACAAGUUUGGAUGGACCCUGCUGCUAUGGAACACUGUGACGUUUAUGUUUUGUAUAUCAUUUUGUUUUUGUGCGAAAACAUUGUCGUGGGUUGUGUUGAAGAUGUUCAUACCGAGAAGGAGCAGUCAACGAAUAUUACAAAUGACCGCGUUCUCACCGUUAACACAACGUAGCAACUCCAGCCUCAGUAAAAUUCCAGUAAAAGUUGGACAGUUAUCUGGUAGAUCCUCUGAUACUAGUAUACACAUAAAGCCCAGGAUGAAUCAGGAUGCUAGUUGUCCAAAUUUACUCGCAAAUAAACCAAGAAGAAACUCUAGUACAGCCAAUUCCCAAGUCUUCUACGAUAUAAUGGAAACAGUGCCUAUAAGACCUCAAUGUCAGACCAUCUACAAAAAUGAUCGAAUAUUCCCUUGCAAUGACAAUGAGAGGAGAUUUGAUAAGCAUCUGGAGAAUCAAUGUGCGAAGCUAAGAGAAGAGAUGGCUAAAUUGCAAGCGACUUCGUUAAAAGAACAUGCAGUCCUGUCCAGGAAACUAGAUGCCAUUACAAAGGAAAAGAAAGACAUAGCAAAACUAUUGACCACCGUGCAAAAGGAAAACAGAGCUGCUAAGCAGCAAUUAGAAGAAUUGAUGCAAGAAAAGGCAGCACUAGUGAAACGACUGGAAAAUGCUACAAAAGAAUUCAAAUCCAACACAAAAACGAAAAAAAUUGCGCUGCAGAAACUGGACGAGGCAACAGCUAAUUGUGAAAAUUUAAAUAAACAACUUGAGCAAGUAUCAAGAGACAAAGAGAUUUUGGAAGGAAAACUGAAGCUGCUGGAGAAAGAAUACGAGAAACUACAGGAAAGAGUCAUUAUGUCCAGUAAGACGAAUUUGGAUAACUAUCAAGAACAUACGCCUGAGAGAGACAAUACGAUGAAAAACAUAAGUCCACAUACCGGUCAUCUAGAAGUGUGCCAGGAUAUGAAUUUGGCGUCUGUUUCUCAGACAGAGAUGGAUAUGAAGAAUAUCCAAGUUAAAAUUAAACAGCUAGAAAAAAAUCUAGAAAACUUCAACACAACAAAUCCUCUGGGUUAUCAAAAUGGAGAAGCAGAGAUGACAAAUCAGAUGGUGUCAAAUCGAAUCUUCAGAUCUAAUAUGUACAGAAGCAGAUUACUUCUAUAUUACCCACUAAGAAUAUGCUUCACCUGAUCCAGAUUUGUCGAGUAGUAGGGAAAUUCUUUUUAAGAGCUACUAUCAACCAGACAUUGAAAUUUGGUUUUAGACAACUCAGAAAUCAGCUUGUCUGCCCAAGGAAAUGCAACUGACACGGCCAGGACAGAGGAAGAGACUGACGUAUCUGAAUUUUUUGGAGGCGGUCCCAGAUUCCGAUAUUGGGGAGGCAGAGCAGGAGAUAUGGUCAUGCUGAAAGUCAAUGAGUAGCCAGGAAAAAUCCAGUACCUCUACUAUUUCACUUUCAACGACAGCCUGUACAUAUGUUAUGAACGUCCGACCAAAGAGACAGCGUAAUCCUUCAUCUUCCGCGCUGUGUUGUGGCAGUAAACGACACAAUACAUCACGAGUGCAUGUGAAGAUUAGUGCACUGGCACUUAGAAUGAAUGAAAAAGUGGGCAUCUUAAGUAACAUCCGUGAGACAAGAAGCGACCAUGGAGAUUUGUCUACUUCAUCAUCUCCGGAUAUCAGACCGCUGGACCGCAUCGUUAGCAGCUCAGCAGCUUUCCAAAAUUUCCUUAGAAGUCUCCAUAAUGAAAAUAGAUCGAAUUAUACUGUAGUGUACGAUACCUUUUAAAGAUUGUUGUCGUGAGAAUUUGUCAAAUUGUAUGCACUCAAAGCGAACAAGACAUUAUACAACUAAAAGUGUUUCCUUUAAGCUUUCCUGCCACCUUUGUGUAGAAACGGAUAUUACAG